UAGCGGCAGAGGCUGAGGUUCACUGCCAGACGCCCAAGACAUGGGCACGAUACAGCAAGAACAAGAAGAACCUUUGAUUCUUUCAACCACAGACCAAAGUCGACACUUCCACCGCCAACAGCAGGAACCCGAAGAGACAAAUCUUAUAAGCAAAAUUUGGGUUGAGACAAAGAAGCAAUGGCUAGUUGCAGGUCCCUCCAUCUUCAGCCGUCUGGCCAUGUUUUCCAUGACUGUCAUAACUCAAGCUUUCGCUGGCCACCUUGGUGACCUCAAUCUCGCUGCCAUUUCAAUUGCUACCACUGUCAUCAUUGCCAUCACUUUUGGCUUCUUGUUAGGAAUGGCCAGUGCAUUAGAGACACUAUGUGGACAAGCUUAUGGAGCAAAACAACACCAAAUGUUGGGUAUAUACAUGCAACGUUCAUGGAUUGUUCUCUUCAUUUCUUCCAUUCUUUUACUUCCCUUAUUCAUUUAUGCUGCUCCAAUCUUAAAGCUAAUUGGACAACCAACCAACGUGGCAGACCAAACAGGUUUAGUUGCAGUUUGGCUAAUACCAUUUCACUUAAGCUUCCUGUUUCAGUUCACAUUGCAGAGAUUCUUACAGAGCCAACUGAAGACUGCUGUGAUUGCUUGGGUUUCUGCGAUUGCUCUUGCAGUUCAUGUGUUAGUGAGCUGGGCUUUUGUUUACAAGUUGAGAGUUGGGAUUGUUGGGACUGCUAUCACUCUUGAUAUCUCCUGGUGGUUGUCAGUUUUGGGACUAUUUCUUUAUGCUGUUUGCGGUGGAUGUCCACUUUCUUGGAAUGGUUUUUCUUCACAGGCUUUCGUUGGGCUUUGGGAUUUCUUCAAACUCUCUCUGGCCUCUGGUGUCAUGCUUUUGUUGGAGAAUUUCUAUUACAGAAUAUUAAUUAUAGUGUCUGGAUAUUUGCACAAUACGGAAAUUGCAAUUGAUGCUCUUUCAAUUUGCAUAUCAAUCUUUGGCUGGGAAUCCAUGAUUCCGCUGGGAUUUUUGGCUGCAACUGGUGUGCGUGUAGCAAAUGAGCUUGGUGCAGGCAAUGCAAAAGGUGUCAAAUUUGCGACUAUAGUGUCUGUGAUUACAUCUCUAGCAGUUGGAUUUUUCUUUUGGUCAAUUAUUAUGGGCUUUCAUGAGAAACUUGCAAUGAUCUUCACCUCAAGUUCUCCUGUUAUUACAAUGGUUAAUAAGUUCUCAACCUUACUGGCAUUCACCGUUCUUCUCAACUGUAUUCAGCCAGUUCUUUCAGGCGUGGCAGUUGGAUCUGGUUGGCAAGCUGUAGUGGCAUUUGUCAACAUAGGUAGCUACUAUAUAGUUGGAGUGCCUCUUGGUAUCUUCUUGGGACUGCUUCAAUUUGGUAUCACAGGUAUCUGGGCUGGUAUGAUCUGUGGAACUGUGGUCCAGACAUUGACACUAACUAUCAUCACAAUGAAAUGCAAAUGGGAAAUAGAGGCACAAAAGGCUCAAAUGCAUAUAUCAAAUGACACAGCUUCCUACUUAUAACAUCAGUUUGAGUGUGCUUACGUGUGUUGUAUUAUGAUGCUGAUUCUUCAAGCUGUGAGUGAAUCAAGGUUCUGUCUGGACCUGUUUUGUGAAAAUGAAGGAAAGGCAUAGCUACAAGGUAGACAUAACAUAGCUACAGGGAUAUGUCUGGACCUGUUUCAAUCUGUUUUUUAUUGCUCCAAAAUUUAGCACCCAGAACGUGAAAGAGGGUACUGUUGACCAAUUGAAAAUGAGUGAAAUGCACCAUAUGCCCGGCUCAUAUCUACAUCUUCCAAGUUUCCAUGGAUUGGUUCCAUAGUUGAAACUAAAAAGGGAUAUUCUAGUCGGUGCAAGAGUGUCGUUGGAACUUUGAACUUGAGAUAUUUAUUCGAACUUCCACCUCACUAAACCAUUCAAGCUAAGCUCAGGUGCUUAGUUUUCUAUUUUCAUUAAUUCCUUGUUUGCUAAUUUCCUGGUUCUACAGUACUUGUAAAGCCUGUAAAAACAGUUACAUACAGUUGCUGCAACAGGAAACCCGGAAUGAUAAUAAUGGAUUAUUUUGUGAUGCA